GAAGGCGUCGUAAGCGGAGAUCGUCCACGAGAACGUGCGUUUCUCUCCCUCUCUCUCUCUCAGCUUGUCUCUUCCCGCCUUGACGUCUCUGUCGCGCGCACAGAGAUCGUACGGUAAUUGAUUUCAUCGAGAGAGCGCGGAUCGUCGCCGCGACACACACCACGCGUCGCGUGGGCGGUUUAAUAAUUAACGUGCACGGAAGAAAGAUCGCGAAGUGAGCGAGAAGGGUGACACCCCCCGCUGUUCCGAUUGUGCCCCGGCUGUCGCCUCGCGACGUUGCGCUCACAUGCCGUGACAGGGAAGACAUCAAACCGAACACGGUCGAUCGGCUCUCUCGAUUGAACGCGCCUCUUCCCGCGAGCGAGAAAAACAGAAGAAAAGAAACACUGAUUACACCGGAUACCGCAGAAGUUAUCAAUGCCAUUGUGGACCAUGUGGGCAUUGUGAGGAAUAUGUGCCGGUUGGUCGAUGUUGUUGGGGCUCAUUAAUCUACCGGCCAAACCAUGCUGUCGGAAUGUGGCAGAUUAGUGCACUUCAAGAAGAGACUAAAGACGCACCUGCAACGGUCACGAGAAGAAAUCCGCGUCUUCGGAGGAUAAGAUGAGCAAGAGCGUAGAGUUACUCGCUGGAUCGGAGGACAGUGAGCCAGUACCCACGGAUAACUCCCGCGUCCAAGAGAGAUCUAGACUGAAUCUGAACGGGAGCCGUCAGCUCUCGAAAAGCGCCACGGAGCUCCGCGACAGUGAGAUCGCCAACAGUUCGCCAUCGAGGCGCGGCGGUGGCCCGAGCGAGCCCGGCAGCGUCGUGCACCAUCAUCGGCAUCGUUAUCACGCUACGUCGGUGGCGCAGCGUACCCACACCUUCUUCGCGACUCUCAAGAGUCGCUGGGCGCGCAGCCGGAGCAAGGAGCGGAAAAAAUCCAAGGAUGCCGGCAGCGUGCAGUCGCAGGACGUGGCCCAGCUCAAGAAUCCCGGCGUCGAGUCCGACUAUGCCGCCGAUUACUCUUCGGAGCACAGCAGAAGCUCCUCCGCCACUCAGAGUCCGGCCAGGCACUGCCUCAAUCACUCGGAAUCUCCGCUGGCGCGCGGCGGCAGAGAGAAGGUCAUGGUCGUGCAAGAGGACAGCGCCGGAAAAUGCGGCGAGGGAUUCUCCAAAGGAUCCCUGAGCUUUCAGAGCCAGAAGGAAGGGUCCAGCGACGGACCCCGAGGCUCUGUGAGCCAAGAUGGUGGGGAGUUCCGUCAGGACGAGGUGGUGCGGAGGAGAGAAAUGGCGCUGCGGCAACACGCUUUCUUCCAGCUUCGCUUGCACAUAAGGAGAGGCGCGAAUCUCGUUGCAAUGGACAGAUGCGGCGCGAGCGAUCCUUACGUGAAGGUAAAAUGUUCAGGACGACUGCUGCACAAAUCGCGAACUGUUCAUCGUGACUUAAAUCCGGUGUGGGACGAGAGCGUGACCCUGCCUAUAGAAGAUCCCUUUCAGCCACUUACUAUCAAGGUUUUCGACUACGACUGGGGCCUGCAGGAUGACUUCAUGGGAGCUGCUCAGCUGGACCUGACGCAGCUGGACCUUGGCCAUCCCCAGGACAUAACGUUAGAACUCAAGGACCCGGGCAGGCCGAAGCAACAUUUGGGCGAGAUCUAUCUGACGGCCACGCUUUGGCCGAGGAAUCAGCAGGAGAAAGAGCAGUAUUUCCAGAGGACCAAUCGAUUGGCGGACGUAAAUAGACGGCUAAAAUCGCAGAUAUGGAGUUCGGUGGUGACAAUCGUCCUCGUAGAGGCGAAGAAUUUGUUGCCGAUGGACAUAGAUGGCUUGUCGGAUCCAUACGUCAAGUUUCGGCUCGGCACGGAGAAGUACAAAUCGAAAGUCGUUAACAAGACUUUGAAUCCGGUCUGGCUCGAGCAGUUCGACCUGCAUCUCUAUGAGGACCCGUAUCUGGGACAAGAACUGGAGGUGACGGUGUGGGAUCGGGACAGGAGUCAUCAGGACGACCUGAUGGGGAGGACGGUGAUCGACCUGGCGAUCCUCGAGCGAGAGACCACGCAUCGGUUAUGGCGCGAACUCGAGGACGGUUCCGGCAAUAUCUUUCUGUUGUUGACGAUCAGCGGCACCACCGCCAACGAGACAAUCAGCGAUUUGGCUGCGCACGAGGAUAUGCCUAUGGAACGCGUGCAAUUGGUCCAGAGGUAUUCCAUCUUGAACACUCUGCAGAGGAUACGUGACGUCGGCCAUUUGACGGUCAAGGUGUAUCGCGCACAAGGUCUCGCGGCAGCUGAUCUCGGCGGCAAGAGCGACCCGUUCUGUGUUCUCGAACUCGUGAACGCUCGACUACAAACGCAAACGGAAUACAAAACUCUCGCGCCGAAUUGGCAGAAAAUUUUCACCUUCAAUGUGAAGGACAUCAAUUCCGUGCUGGAGGUAACGGUGUACGACGAGGAUCGCGAUCACAAGGUGGAGUUUCUUGGGAAAGUGGCGAUACCAUUGCUGAAGAUUCGCAACGGUGAGAAAAGAUGGUACGCGUUGAAGGACAAGAAGCUGAGGGGUCGCGCGAAAGGAAACUGCCCUCAGAUCCUGUUGGAGAUGACGGUCGUGUGGAAUAUAUUCAGGGCAUGCAUGAGAACGCUCAAUCCGAAGGAGAAGAAGUACAUGGAACCGGAAGUGAAGUUCAAGAGACAAGUCUUUCUGCGAAACGUUCUCCGACUCAAGGCUAUUAUCGUCAUAUUCAUCGACAUAGGAAAAUACAUACAGAGCUGCUGGGAAUGGGAAAAUAAAGUGAGGAGCGUCUUCGCCUUGGUCGUCUUUAUCUUUGGAUGUUACUACUUCGAGCCGUAUAUGAUACCGGCUAUAGCGUUGUUGAUUCUUCUCAAGUAUUACCUGCUUAGCGGCGAGAGGAGCGGAUUCAAUCAUUGGAUAUUCGGACAGGUCGCUGUGGUGACGGGAGCACCUCUGAUUUACGCGACUUCGCAGUUUCAAGAUCACGCUGAGAUCGGGUCGGACGAUUGUCCACUGACGCCGGGAGACGACGACGAUGAUGACGACGACAAAGAUAAGGAGGAGAAGAAAAGCUUGAAGGAGCGUUUGCAGGCGAUCCAAGAGGUCACGCAGACCGUUCAGAAUUCCAUCGGUUACAUAGCCAGUCUGUGCGAGAAAGUGAAGAAUCUCUUCAACUUCACGAUCCCUUAUUUGAGUUACCUAGCGAUGAUUUUGGCGAUCAUGGGCGCAGUCGUGCUUUAUUUCAUUCCUGUCCGAUAUCUGAUCCUCGCCUGGGGCGUCAAUAAGUUCUCUAGGAAGAUCUUCAGGCCUCAUUCCGUGCCCAACAACGAGCUCCUCGAUCUUAUAUCUAGAGUGCCUGACGACGAAGAGCUGCUUAAUUUUAGAGAACUGAAACCUGUGCCGACGGCGGACUGUGAGAAAGGCGGUAUAUCAGGAAGUCCCGGCGCGAGCACGACGCGGAGGGAGCAGAGGAAAAGGCACAAAGUAGCGUAGCAGAAUCUCCCGCGGCCGGAAGUCGCGGGUCCACCACGGUCGUCCAAUAUCCUUAAGACAGUCCUGCUCCGCCGGAAGCUACGCCAGCGAAAAGGAUCAGCAGAGAAUGCGGAUGUGAUCGACAUAGACUGAAUAUCUUUCAUUUUGUAUCCCUCUCCCUCUCCCUACACGUCGUGAAAAUCUCGAAUUUAACAUCGGUCAUUAGCGGAGCUAUGUGGUGAUUUCUUUUCGAGGGAGGAAACGACGUGAAAAGAGAAAAUAAGAAAAAGGAGAAUUAUCUAUCAAGAAAUAUUCGAAAGAUAAAAGAAAAAUGCAGACAGAUGAUAUGUUCGUCGAUGAGAAAAAGAUGAUUUUUUAUUUAAUUGCGAUGGGCUUAAAAUAUAUGAAGUGAAAUGUGGUGUAAAAUAAGUGAAAAACGAUGACACUUGUGUGUCAACUCGACAGAUCGGAAGAAGCACGCAUCGAAUGGAAAAUUAUAUCGAGUAUUGAAUUACUCCAACGUAAACGUACAAUAGCGAACAUUUCACAUAUUUCUGGUUGCUCCGAAUUUCUGUGCUACUGACGAUGAUAUGUAUAAAAGUACAAUCAGCGAAGAAGUUUGCAUAACGUUUCGAUCCCUUUAUCUCUAUUCAUUAUGAAAUCUCUAAUCAUUUUUUAUACAUUAUUCGUGUUUCGUGAAAAUAGUUAUGCAUAGAGUUUCCAUAGCUGAAAUAAAAAAAAAAUGUAAAUUUGAAAAAUUUCAAGGAUGCAGAUAUUUUAAAAAAUUUAAAUGAUUCCAGAAUAUAAAUGGCAUGCAAGUGCCAAGAAAAUUUAAUAACGAAAGCGAUAGUAUAUAGAGUAAAAUUAUGAAAAUGAAAGAUUCAAAUACUGCGAAUAAGAAAUGACGGAAAAGUAAACGAAGAUCUCCGAGAAUUAUUUAAAUACUAUAAUUAUUAAAAAUAUCGCGGAUUCACACCGCCUUUUCGUGUGAUUCUUCCAAGUCGUUUCAGAAAUCUCUAAUCUCUAAUCUUGAAGAAUUUAAUGUUGCUCUAUACUGUAUACAUAAUCUUUAGAUAUACUUCUUCACAUAGAAGAGAAAAUUGUUAAAAGACUGUCGAUUUUUUCCAAAUUCGAUGGCAUUCGAGUCGAGCAAAAUGCUGCUGCUUCUUCUUUGGUUGUACGAUUUAGACACGAACUCUAAUUGCUUUUCUAAGAUGAUCUAGUCCUGCGAGAGAGAGAGAGAGAGAGAGAGAGAGAGAGAGGGAGAGAGGGCUGAUCAAUUUUGAAAGUAUUUCGUGUUAAAAGGAAGGACAGCGUUUCGAGCAUAUCAAAGACGGCAAGGAACGUGUGUUCUUAUAGGAUAUAUUAGUUAACAGAUCCUGACAGUAACGGAGAUAGAUAUUUAAACAAAAAUGCGAUGACGCUUCCCUUAAGGGAAUGCUUAUCGGUCGUUUCGUCCAUCAGUGUGAUUAGUUAGUUAUUAGAUAUUAUUACGUGAAACAGAGAGGUUUAGGAGCAAAUUAGAUAUUUUGUGGGACACAAUCAAGCUCUAGAGAUCCCGUGGAAAAUUACGCGCGAUCGGAUCUCGUGAAAUUACAUUAGACUUGAUUUUUAAGUUAAUUCCAACGUUCCACCGCGUUUCUUUUAUAGAUACUAAAAUACUGGCUGGGUUUCUGCCAAAUGUCCGCUCAAAGUUCAAUUUUCUACGAUAAAGUUGCAUCUGUAAUUGUUCCAAAACAAUUGUAGAACUUCAUUCAGAAUUUUAGUGGCACGCAAUGUGCAUUCGAUACAUUUCGGAUGAAAUAAUCCAUUUAAAGGUUGAUCUCUGAAAGAAAGCAAACAAUUAACAAUUUUUGGAAAAGGAAAAUUUUUCAUUUUUGUUUUCGCUCUUUUUGCAACGAUAAUAAUGACCAACGAUAUAAUUGUCUUCUUGCGCUAAUUUCUUUCUUAUAAAUUUAGCGCGAUAUUUUCGCGAGGAUGCCGAUAAAGCCGCUAUUUUACGUUAAUAAGGGAUACGCGGCGGAACUUUUGCGUCAAUUCAAUAUAUUCGCGCAUGCGGUUAUGUAAAGUGGCAUACAUACGUAUACAACAUAUAUCGCGCGCGAUUGUUUCCUUUUUGAAGGGUCUGACGUUAUUUAAAGUCUUCGUUCUAACGCACAGUUUUAUGUGUCGAUCGCGGCGAGAGAAACGUGCGAUUAUUUUGUAUGAGUAUUUUUGCGUCGUUGCCGUCGCCGAGCGAAUAAUUGCGCUGCAAGAGAGAGAGAGAGAGAGAGAGAGAGAGAGAGAGAGAGAGAGAGAGAGAGGAGAGAUAAAUCGGUUGCCUUUUCAACUGGAAAUCGUCCAGAUUGCAACGUGUGCAUUUUUACAGCGACAUUUCGCACUCGGCUCUGCGAUUAGAUAAUACCGAUAAUGUACAGAGUGUCCCUAAAGUGCUCCCCAGCCAAGUUACUUAUUUACGUUUUUCUGCAAAUUAUAUCACAACAGAAGAACAUUAGAUAAACAUAAAACUGCAAAUAUUAUUUUUCUUACAGUUACAAGCAUCUGAAGUUGUAUUUUAUCAUUAUCUUACUACAUAUAUAUAUCACGCGUCAAUCGCAUUUCAAACGAUGUCAAAUAAUGUUUACAUUUCACUCGAUCUUUCUUUCUAACGUACAACUGUUAAUAAUUAAUAAUAAAGUUAAUAAUUUCAAAGCGAUUUAUUUACAAAUCUACACAGAAAAA